AUGGAGCGGCUCUCCAAGCAGCUUGAGGUCGUCGAGGUUUGUUCUGGCUUCCCGGCCAUGCAUGACCCAGCUCAGAUCGGAGAUUCGGCUGGCAUGUCAAUCAGUUUCGGCUUGACUGGCUCCUUUUUCUUCAACGACUGGGAAGCCGUCUUGCUGCACUCGGCGAAUCCACACAGCGUCUGGCAUAAGAUCGACGCAACGUACGUAGCAUUUUUAGUUGAGUCUACCCUUCAAGAGGUCCUGGUGAAGAAGUGGUUUGGUGGGUGUUCAGGUAUACCGUUGCCGGAACAGCGCUAUUCACUGAACAAGUGUUAUGGCACAGCCGACCUGAGCUUCAUAAUGCGCUUCACAACAACAAGUGGGAUGCUGUUUCUUUCCAUCUGGACAGCGAUCCACCAGAUGGGUGCAUCUUACUUGGAAUCAACUGCUGGGACGGGGGUAGUCCCAUGUCCUUCACGUGCGCCACUGGUUACUCAAGUCCACGUGGCAGACGGGCAGUGCCACAUCCAUGUCAGGAAGAACAACACCGAAGCUUUCCUGAUGCAAGACCGGGCCGAAACCUUUCAGUAUGAGCUAAAGCCAUUCCGCAUGCCUGGUGCGCCGUCAACCCUCAUCGAAGCAGGUGAGCGGCCUGUAUAUUCCACGGUCAACUUGAACAUGAUUGAUGCAGGGAGCCCGCUUUAUGGUGAUGUCUCUGCAGUAUUCUCGAACAAACACAUUUUGAACAGCACCUUGUUGUCUUCAGUCGACAGCGGUUUUUUUCAGCAGUAUUGCAUCAAUGGAAAGACCUUUCCCAGGUUGUCGUACAACUGUAGUGCAGAGACAGCGUUCGAAGGGCUGGGCACAUUUCUGCACAACAGGCACCUCUUCGUGGAGAACAUGGAAUUCUGGAAGUCCGGUGGCACCGUUCAGUCUGUAUUCCAAAGAGGGCAGCUUCCUUGGGGCUCAAGUCCUGUCCCCGGCCACGCCUUCCUAAACUAUUUGGAAGCUACGCACCUGGGCAAACUGCGCUAUCCUGAGGCAAUUCGGUUCUUGAUAGGCACGUUCCCCGUGCUUUUUGGCACCGAGCUUGGGGCGAACUUGCGGACCUGGGCCAAAGACCGCGGCUGGGUAUUGGUUUGGGCGCUUGGCCUGAAUGAUAAGGCUUUGUUGCAUCCGACGCGAGACUUUGAUUUUAGUCCACUGCUGCAAGACGUCGAUUUCAAAGUGAACGGUCGCAUGAUUGAUCCGAUCGUCCUGAGACACACGACGGCAGCGGUAGGCUCACCGGUGCAGCAUGACGUUGUUACCGACUUCGAGAAGCUUUGGGCGGAGGUGGGUGGUUUGCGUGGACAGAGGCAGCUGACGAACCAGACAAUUGCAAGCAAGUGGCAAGAAGCCAUGCUGCACUUCCCACAGCUGCUGCUUCGCCCUCUGCUUGGCGGGGACUGCUCGAAGCAACUGCGCAAUGCUGAGUGUGUUGGGGUCACCCUGGAUGGCCGCUGCGUCUGCUAUGCCAGCUCGCAGGAGCCAGCAACCCAAAGUGUUGCGGUGUAG